CCACGCGACCACGACGGAGAGCAGUUUGAGCUUGUCGACUACCCGCCCAUCCAGGCUCGACACGACGCCGCUGAUCGCGAAUCCCGGAAACGGGCCAAACGAGACGACAAGCGCCGCUGGCUUGAAGAGCAGGACGAGAUGAAGUUCUCUCACAGCAUCCAGUUCAAUGCUGUUCCUGACUGGAGCAGCCACUACAUUGCUUACAGCAACCUCAAGAAGUUAAUCUACCAGCUCGAAAAGACUGUUCACCAAGCCCGUGCUGGCGAUGCCGAGUCGAGACCUCUCAUAAAUCACGAGAGCCCAGAGGAGGUUUUCACCAGGGCCCUCGACGUCGAGCUCGAAAAGAUCUGCUCCUUCUAUGUCUCCAAGGAAGGCGAGCUUCUUGAGGAGGCUGCUCAGCUCCUACGCGAUGUAGGCGACGAAGCCGAAUCCGCCAUCGCCGACAAUCGCUACAUGCGACGCCUCUCCUCGUCGAGCCGCCGCGAUGGUCGAAACGGCUUCCGAUCCAGGAGUCCUCAGAGCCGCAGCUCCGAUAACGAGGACAGCGGUAGCGACGAAGACGAGACGACCGGUCUGACGACGAGACGAAGAAGCAGUGGAGGCCGCAGGAGGACGCUUCCUAACAUAAAGCCACCUUCCAACGACCUCAAUGCUUCAAGCGACUUUGGUCGGGCUGGAGCGCGAAGGCACAGUACCACGGCUGACGACUACGGCGACCAGUCGCUCAUGUUCUCUUCUGGGAUGUUCUCGUCUGGUAUCAUGCUCAAAAAGCGCAUCAUCAGCCUCUACGUGUCGCUGUGUGAGCUCAAGUCGUAUAUCCAGCUCAACCGCACCGGUUUCAGCAAGGUCCUCAAGAAGUUUGACAAGAUCCUCGACAAGGAGCUCAAGACGUCUUAUCUCCAGGCCUAUGUCGAUUCUGCCUAUCCCUUCAAGGAUGAGACUAAGCAUCUCAUUGAGGAGAACAUUGCCAAGAUGGAAAAGGCAUACGCUGAGGUCGUCACUGGUGGAGAUGAGCAACUGGCCCGUAAGGACCUCCGCUCCCACCUUAGAGAGCACGUUGUCUGGGAACGCAAUACUGUGUGGAGAGAUCUCAUCGGCAUUGAGCGUAGAGCUGAAGCUGCAGGACUGGGCCAGGCGCUCCUCGGUCAGGAGAGAGGCAACAUCACUAGGAGACUCCAAGGUGAUGAAGCGAAGACGCCCAUCAAGUCUCAGAUCCCCACGCCUUUUGGCAGGAUCACGGUGCCGCCGUGGCUGGCCAGCUCGUCCUUGUGGACUCUCAUCAUUUGUAUGACCAUCUUCUUCCUUCUUCUUUUGCUCCCCAUCAUGGAGAAGGCCGAGCAGCAAAACUGCCUUGCGAUGUUGGUGUUUGUCAGUUUGCUAUGGGCCACCGAGACUAUUCCUCUCUUUGUUACUUCAUUACUGAUUCCCUUCCUUUCUGUCGUCCUACGUGUUGUCCGCGACGAGACCCCCGGCAAGCCCCAGAGGCGUCUUGAUUCCAAGCAAGCCACAUCAGCCAUCUUUGCUGCCAUGUGGACGCCCGUUAUUAUGCUUCUGCUUGGUGGCUUCACUCUGGCUGCGGCUCUGUCAAAGUGCACCAUCGAUAAGCGAUUGGCUACGUUGGUUCUUAGCAAGGCUGGUACCCAGCCUAGGACGGUCCUGAUCGCCAACAUGUUUGUGGCUGCCUUUGCAUCAAUGCUGAUUAGCAAUGUGGCUGCGCCAGUUCUUUGCUAUUCAAUCAUUGAGCCUAUGCUUCGAACUCUGCCGUCUGAUUCCAACAUGUCCAAGGCAGUCAUCAUUGGUAUUGCGCUCGCCUCCAACAUUGGUGGCAUGCUUUCUCCCAUUGCGUCGCCUCAGAACGUGGUUGCUAUGGGCAUCAUGCAGCCUGCUCCUACCUGGCUCCAAUGGUUCUUCAUCGUCAUCCCCGUUGGCGCUGUUUCAAUCUUCCUGAUUUGGCUUCUUCUACUUGUGACGUUCCAGCCCGGCAAGGGCACAACGAUUGCCCCGAUUCGACCGGUCAAGGAGAAGUUUACGGGUCUCCAGUGGUUUGUGACCAUUGUCACUGUUGCUACCAUUGCUUUAUGGUGUGCCAGCCAUCAACUUGAGGCCGAGUUUGGAGAUAUGGGAGUCAUUGCCAUCAUCCCCAUUGUACUCUUCUUCGGAAUUGGUAUCCUGACAAAGGAGGACUUUAACAACUUCCCUUGGACCAUCAUCAUCCUCGCUGCUGGAGGUCUGUCUCUGGGCAAGGCUGUCCGGUCGUCUGGUCUCCUCCAUACACUUGCCGAGUUGGUUUCCCAGAAGGUGGAGGGCAUGAGCCUAUACGGUGUGCUGGUUGUCUUCUCGGGACUGAUCCUGGUCAUUGCCACUUUCAUCAGUCACACGGUGGCUGCCUUGAUUUUCCUACCACUCGUGUUUGACGUUGGUGUUGCUAUGGACCAGCCACACCCCAACCUGCUUGUCAUGGGAGGCGUUCUCAUGUGCAGUGCUGCCAUGGGCUUGCCCACGAGUGGUUUCCCCAACAUGACUGCCAUCAUGAAGGAAGAUCCCUUUGGCCAGCGGUAUCUGCAGGUCAAGCAUUUCAUCAGCCGUGGUGUGCCAAGCAGUAUCAUGACUCUUAUUGUAGUCGUGACCCUGGGAUAUGGAAUUAUGCAAGUUGCUGGACUUGACUAAAGGGGAGAGACAUUUGGAGUUUUGGUUGUGGAUGAGAGAAUGAACAUGAGGUUCUGGCUCGAACUGAUGGUGUUUUUUAUGGCUUCGGCUAUGAUGGUUUUUAUUGGCAUCUGGAAGAAUUACAAUAUUAUCAAGCAAGUAUAG